UAUAAACUUCCGGCUAGCGGGAUUGUGACGUGUGUUAGUCCAAUAAAGUUGUGCAUCAGAUGGAAAAACUUUGAAAAUGACUUCUUCUAAGGAAAUUAUACAGCAGCUAAAAACAGCAAUAGAUGCAGAUAGAACAGAUAUAAUCUGCUCUGUGAUUCAAGAAAUGCAAAAAAAUACCAAGGAGGUGGAGAAUUUAAAAAGAAUUCUCUGUGAACCAGAAAUAGAAGGAAACACCUUGCUUCAUUAUGCCGUGAAGUGUGGCAAGCUGGAUAAGGUGCGUGCACUUCUGGCUGGAGGAGCUGAUCCAUGUGUCCCCAACAGUGAAGGCAUGGCCCUUGAACUGGCAUCUGAUGAAAUGCGCACAGUGUUUAACGAGGAACUACUGCAAGCUACUGCACAGUCCAAUCUGGGGCGUGUUUGUCAGCUUCUUGCCUCUGGAGUUGAAGUCAAUCUUAGAGACAGUCCUGAAACACAGAGCACUCCACUUCACUGGGCAGCCAGCUAUGGCAACAAGGAUAUGGUACAGUGUCUAUGCUCUCGUGGAGCAUUGCCUAACAUCUACAAUGCAUCAGGAAUGACACCACUCUUAGAGGCCGUUAAACGUGGGGAUAGAAGUGUUGUGGAUGAACUUCUGUCAUACGGAGCUGACCCUGACUUGACUGUCACUGUUGGGGAGUAUGUUGGUCAAAAUGCUUUUGAUUUGGCUGGAGAUCGAGAAGACCUGCUUCAGGCUCUGAGGGCACCUCGACCCAAAAACACGCUCGUUAUUGACAGUGCAGAGAAUGGAAUGCACCAUGUUCCAGGAAGUAAGGCGAAUCUUGUGAGAUUUGGUAGUAUGGCAUCUACUGAUGGCCUUCUCAAUGGCGAUGGAGCUGGUGAGCCCAUGUCUCCUCAACUCCUGACACCGACUUUCAAGAAACUUACGCUCUUUAGACAUAAUGGCAUUGGCACACCACUUAAACCCAUUUUGACAGAAGAGCGGCUGAAUUUACUGUGGCCCCAGCCACAGAGCAUUGUACAAGGGGGUGGUAAACCUUUCGUGAUCAAAAACUCACUCACAGUCCUCAUCUCAUCCUCACCUGAUCAAGCUCGCCCCAGUGAUGUGGCAGGAGUGUGGAAUGUACGGCGACCAAAGUUUGAGUCACUGGGUGUCAACAUCUUGCUUGAUCUCUUGACCUCCUUGGCUGAUCGGGAAACCCCUCACAUAGUGUGUCAUGUGAGCUCUCGCCUGUGCCCUGGUUAUGGAACUUACAAGCUGACUAUCAGUCCCAAGCAGAUGAAGAUUGUCUGUGGAACAUUAGAAUCUCUAGGAUAUGCAGUUUCAACACUUUUACAGUUGAUGUCACUUUAUCAAGGAAAAGAUGAAAUCACCAUUCCUACAUUGUUGAUUGAUGACUGGCCAGAACUACCAUACAGAGGUGUGCUGCUGGACUUUUCACAGGGCCGUGUUCCUACCAUGAUGUUUCUUGAAGAAAUUUUGGAUACACUGUCAUCAAUGAAGAUAAAUCAGGUGUAUAUGUACUCAAGAUUCAAGACAAAGUCACCCCCAGAGUGGCAGUUCUGUUUCAGUAGGAGGGAGCUUUUGCAUCUGGUAGACUUCUGCCAUCGGCGACAGAUGGGUCUUGAGCCAGCACUGGAGGUGGGACCCAAGGUUGAGUUUGAAGAACUAGGACAGCUUUACUCUGAUUUCUCAGACUUCCUUGCAUGCUUCUCUCAUUCUGACUUUGUGAGCUGUGGUCCUCGACUGAGCAGUUUUUUGCUGAACCUGACUGGAGAGGAUGAAAGACUGGACAUCAGUGAAGUGGGCAAGUUUAUACCGAUUGGACGUGACCAGACCCUGCAGCUUUGUGGUUACCCACUUCAUGACCUCUCUACAUCUGUCCUGCAGCAGCUACCCCCACAUAUUGUCUUCAAUGAGUAUGGUGUCAAAGCUGACCAUGAUUUCAACACCUUUUGCACACCACUGGCUGAAUUAGGCAUCCAUUUCUUUGUCUGCCCUGGCACAGCUGCAUGGAACAGUCUGGCUGGAUGCCCAGAAGCUGCAGCAAGCAACAUUUUUCAAGCCGUGAAAGCAGGUAGCAGUCAGGGGGCCUUGGGGUGUGUGGUAUGUGACUGGACUGGCAAAGGCCAUCUGACACACCAGCCGUUUGCCUGGCCUGGCUUUGUCAUAGGUGCUGGCCUGUCCUGGAACACAGAGUGUCGCUGGGACUUCCUCCUGAGUCAUCUUUCAGAACUUAUCAGCUACCAUGUGUUUUACGAUUCCUACUGCGUGACAGGGGAGAUUAUUGUUGAGCUUGGUCGUGCUGAGACAUAUGCAAUCCGGCGAGCUCGAAAUCAAGCAGGGGAGGAUAUGCAAAACUUACCAGAAGAUCAGGGUUCUGUUCUUUUUCGCCUCCUCAACUACCCAGAUGGUGUACCCCUGGAGAACUUAUCUACCGAUGCCUUACAGGUUGUGUCACGUCACAUCAAGAAAUGCCAAACAGCACUGUCCAAGACAACGCCCAAUGGUCCACAGGCACAGGCACUAAAUAAGGAACUUCUCCUGACUAUAGAUCUGAUGUCAAUGGCUUGCAAGAUUGGCAAGGCGUUAGUGUUGGCAGGUCGAAAACCUGGGAGUCAAGGCAGUGCUGGCUACUCUGUGGUCAACUUUGGGGUGAACAACCUGACCCCAACAGCACGGACUGACUUGGCUAACAGGCUGCUGGAGCUAAUGACAACCUACAAGUCAGUAUGGUCCUGUCGCUACUUGGAGGCUGUUGGGCUGACGGAAUCCUUGGCUAUGUUACGGAGUCUGCUACGUGUUCUCUUGCCAGAUUCCCAUCCAGAUUCUUUGCUACAGAAUCAAGCCAAGAUCUGUUUCCAGUGACAAGUGCAGAGAACGCAUUUGCAGGAAAUGGCGUGAUGCUGUGCUGUGCUGGCUAAUGUAAUUAUCAUUGAAGGAUAAUUAAAAUUUAAACUGUGAGUCAUAAACAAGCCCCAUACUUUAUAUACACACUUAAAAAACUAACUUCUUGAGUUGCAUGCAUGCAUGCAUACAGGAUACAAACAUACCUUUGUGUGUGGGUGUAAAAGCAUGUCUGCUUGAGAUAAUGCAUCUUGUGUUUGUUUAUACCAGUGUAAAAGAUUUGAUGAUAACGUCUUUCCCCUGGAGAUUGACAAACUAGUUGGUUGGUUUUCUCCUUUGUCAACUUAACAUAAAUUCCUAAUGAAAAAUUUGCUGUGGUGAUCAAGAAUGUUCCAUAUGUACAACUUUAGCAUUUGGGCAGUUUUAUUCCCCUUGAACUUUAAUAUUUUCGAUCAUGUAUUGGGGAAAGUAGUGUGGGAUGUCUUCCUUUUGGGGAAAGGAUAAGGUGUAAUAAUUAUUAAUUGGAGAGGAGCACUGUUGUACUUAGUUUGCCACCAGGACAAACAGACCCCUUGCUUGCUUUUGUAUUUACAACUCAAUUCCUGUAGUAGUUUCUGUUGUCAAAUGCAAGGAAAUUAUUAAGGAAUAAUUUGAGAAAGAGAUAAAUGACAAAGGAAAGAGUAGCAGUGUUACUUAUUCUCUUUAGAUCCCUAGAUCACAGCUAGUUUGGGGAGAACAUCAAAUGGUAAAUAGGUCUUUUUGAGAAUACAUUGUGUAUAAUUUUCAGUAGUAAUCUUAGACUUUUGUAUAUAUGCGUAUCUCAUUUUACAAGCACCCAAAAUCUUUUUUGACUUGAUGAUCACCCAAAAUCUUUUUUGACUUGAUGAUAUGUGAACAUUUUCCCCUUGGUGAAUGUACAUUAAUAGUGUCAUGUGGUGUGUGGGGAUGUUGAUGUAAAAUGUGCAGGUAAGCUUACAGUGUACAGCCGUGUGUAAAGUAACCUAGCACAGGUUUAUUAGAGCACAUUUAUAGAAGCAUGGCUUCUGGAGCACAAGUACUUGUAUGUUAAUGUAUUUCAAGACUGCAUGGAUAUGCUAAUGAUAUACACACAUAUAAGCAUAUUUAUAAGGGGUUGCUGGUUUCAUAAAGUCAGCGUGGUUAUAUUUGUCAUGUGUGGGCAUAAACAUUAUAAGUACCAACAUCAGUCAUUCCUGGCUUUUUGUUAUCAAAUUAAUUAAUAUACUGUUAUUGUUUUCCUUAUUUUCGCAUGGUGUAGGUACUGAGCAACGUAACUGAGAGCAGCUAUCAGCAUAAAUGUUUUUUUGUUGUUUUUUUUUUGUUUUUGAUAAUGGCACCCUGUCAGUUGGUGAUGCUGGCAAACUGAAACGCAGGGCUACCAUCUCAUGCAUUGUAUGUCAGAAUUAUGAGAUUCAUAUGCAUCGUCCUUGCCCUCUUGUACAUCAUUUGGUUGUCUAACUUCAAGGUGUGGUCCUUUUCCUUUUAUAGUUAUGGGAACACCUGCAGUCAGCAGAUAAAUGAAAAUGGAAUGAGUCCAUGAUGAAGAAAUAGCAGCAGCAGAAAUGUGACUGAAAGGCCACAGCAGAAGGGCUUGAAAAAUCUGUUGUGACAAUGGGGAAAAGAAAAAAAAUAUUAAAAACACAUAUUGGCAUGAGCAUGAGAAUGACAGGCUGAAUCACAACAAUUAUGCAAACUCAAAUAAAAAAUAUUCACAUAAUGGUGAGGAUUCUCUAUCUUGAAAACAUUCACAUGCUGUCUACAUGCUUUUUUUAAAACAAAAUUUGGAGAGUUCUGUUCUGAACAAAGGUCUGAACAUGUCAGCUAACACUCUGUUGGAUGUCAACUGUUAUGCUCAUUGGUUUAAAAGAAACAUUUACAUGUGAAACAUGCAUGGAUAUGUGUGUGUAUGCACAUGGGAGCAAAUGUUAUUGUAUUAGUACGGUGGUGUUUGCAUGUGUAAUUUUGUGAAAAAGAGAAAAUACUCUUUUGAAUAAUUGCACCAGUUAAAUGUAAGCAAAAUCACAAAUGAGUUUGCAAGUGGUUUUCCCACCUUUACAUGGAACGUUCUCGCCUAUUAUUCACCUUCCUUUGAGUGGAGCUGCUACUCUCAAUCUGGCCGUAGAGCAGCCUGUGAAUGGGCUAUCCUUUGCUUUAUUUCUUUCCUAAAAGGCCAAAGUUCCUACCCACAUUAUGGGCCUCGCCUUCUGCUGCUUGUUAUGACCGGUUUAUGUAUAGAGAGGAAGCUGGUUGCCAUGUUGGGACCACCUUUUGUUGGAUCAAGGAUGCAGUGCUAAUGACAGCUUGAGGGUUAUUAUAGCCCUGACGAGGUUAACAGCGUUGCCAGCCAGUCAACUGCUAAGUUUCAAAAUAACAACUGAGACAGGCAGACAAAUGCAAACAUGCAGGUUUAAAUGCGCUCUUUACUUGAAUGUUGGCGCUCAACUUGUUACAUUGCUGUUUUUUUCUCAUUGUUUUCAUUCCCUGUUUGGACAAACAAGAAAAAACAAUCUUCCAAAUAGUUCCAGAUGUUGAAUGAGCUUUUGUAUCAAAUUUAUUUGUUGACUUUUUAGAGGGAAAUCAAAGAUGAACGUAGACAUAAUGUUUCCUUAUGUGGCUCAUUUUCUUGUUUUAACUGAUUAAUUGGUAUAUUCAAAGUGCAUCUGUUUUACAACUUUGGUGGAAAUAGUUUGGGAACAUAAAGUGUAUGAAGGUUUUAAACUGAAAAAGAUCUUGUAUUUCUGA